GUUGAAUCUACGUUCAGUCCCCGCCAUUUUAGUGCCUUGUUUACUGCGUUGGGUGGGAGGAGGAGAUGGCGCCACGAGGAAAGAAGAAGGGAGGAGGUUCCCCACGCAAGCAACUCAACAUCCAACAGUUCAUGUCCCCAAAAGUCAAGAAUGAGAGCCCAAGGAAGCGAAAAGCAAAGGAAGAAGCAGAUGAAGUGGAGAUGGUGGAGGAGGUGGUGAUUGUGGAGGAGAACACAGAGAGACCACCACCAACAAGAAGCCCAAGGAAGAAAGCUCGCAGGGUCGCCGAGGGUGCCAACAACAACAAUAACAAUAACAAUGAGAAGGAGGCCGAAACAGCUACAAACAACAAUAACAACAACAACAACAACAACAACAAUGAAAAACCACCCACACCAGAGAAGAAGAAGAGCAGUGGCCGGGGACGCGCCAACACUUCCACCACGGCCAUGAGGCAGACAAGAGGUGCACGGGCCCUGGCGGCAAAGGAGGAGAAGGGGAAGGAUGCCGUGACGGUGGAGGAGGAGGACGUGAAGGAUUUUGAGGCAGAGAAGGAGGUGGAGGGUGAGGAAGAAACUCCAUCAGUCACUCAGCUGUCUGGUGGAGAGGAGCAUGAGGAAGAAGAAGAGGAUGAAGACCGGAGCACAGUUGGGAUGAUAGGACCAGACCCCAUCCAUGUGGACUCCCCAGGCGAGGACAGCCGUGAUGGGACUGACUUCACCCCACCAUACACCCCAGUUGGCACCACCAAGAUCCUGCAUACCACCCCUCCACAGCCCAAGGAAGAGAAGAACAAGUUCAAGUGCAAGGAGUGUGACCAGUGGUUCCCCAACCGCUAUUUCCAGAGGAAGCACACACUGAUGGAACAUGAGAACCAGUUGUAUGAGUGUCGGGUGUGCAGCUUCAACUCGGUCAACCCAGAGAAGCUGAAAAGUCACAUCAUCAAGCAGCAUGUCAUCAAGAAGGAGCGCAGCGAGCCAGUGUCCCUGGAUGAGCUCAAAGUGGACCUGGAUGAGCUGAUCACCAAGCACACGCCCCGCAAGGUGAUGAUGGAAGAUGGUGUGGCGCUGGGCAGGGACGCCAGCAACAAGAUGCGCUACAUCUGUGCCAUGUGUGACCGCAUCUACACCAGCAAGUACUCCCUGGAGCGCCACGUGCGCUGCCACACGGGGGAGAAGCCGUACGUGUGUGACGUGUGCAACUUCUCCACCAGCUACCGCGAGCACAUGAUGCGCCACAUGACCAGCGUCCACCUCAUCGUGCACUCGGAUGAACCCAGGCAGAAGUACAUCCCCAAGAACCGCAGGAAGACUGAAGAGAAGAACGUGUCCACUGAGGAGGACCCAUUAAUUGUGGACGAGGCAGACAAGGAAGAUGACGAGGAGAAGGAUUCUGAAACUGCUGAGAGUGCUGAGGCUGCUGUGACUUCUGAUAAUGCCAGUGUGGUGUCCCCUACACCAGCCAAGAAGCGGAGGAACAUCCUGCGCAAGCGAUUUGAGUGUGCCGCGUGUGGUCUGAAGGCCACCCACAAAACAGAUCUGGUGAACCACAUCAAGGAGAGGCACCCCAACGCCCACAUUGAGUCCCUGGACAAUGGUGACGGCUCCAAGGUGCACCUCAUUGUCACCAUGUCCAAGAAGCCGACGCCCUCCCGCCGCAUGGUUAUCACCUGUCCAGACUGCUCCAAGGUGUUCCACGACACCUGGAAGUACAAGGUGCACAUGCGCUCCCACACGGGCGUCAAGCCUUUUGGGUGCAACAUGUGUUCCUUCUUUGCCACCAGCAAGAUGACAGUGCGUGACCACAUCCACCGCAAGCACAAGGGCGCCGACAACCCCCGCAUCCUCCUCCGCACUGUGGGGAUCGAUGGCACGGUGAGCCACGUGGAACUCAACAUGCCAGAGCGAGAGUUCAAGUGUGACCGCUGUGGGGAAGUGUUUGAGGACAACUACCACAUGAAGCACCACAAGAAGAAGGCACACUCAGACGUGGCACCAUUUUCGUGCAAGGAGUGCAGCCACAGAGAAUGGGCACGUGCCAACAUCAUCAUCCACUGCCUCCAGGCCCACAAAGACAAGAGUAUUGAGAACAUGAUUCUGCGCAAUGACAAGCCCUUCAAUGUGGGGCCGCUCAAACUGCCCAAGUGUCAGCAGUGUGACAAGGUGUUCCCCUACCAGUCCCAGCUGUACAUCCACAUGAAGCAGCACACAGGUGAACGCAACUACUUCUGUGACAUCUGCAGCUAUCGCACCAACUCCAAGGUCGCCCUGGAGAAACACAUCCUCAAGCACCUGGAGGGGGAGAACAAAAAGACUGCCCCUAUCAGUCGCAAAAGGAACCUCAAGAAGAAAGCCUCCAAGGAAGAUGAUGUGAUUAACUUUGUGGACAUCAACAACCUGCAGGAAGAUGCAGACAACGCUUCAGCAGAGAAAGACAGUGGGAAAAAGUAAUUGUGGAGAGCCAACGUGACAAGUUGUGUGGAAGCUUCUCUCGCUGAACCCAAGUGCCUUCCCGAGGGACCAGCCUGCUAGUGUACCGGUCUGAUUGGUACAACCUGUGGACUACAUUAGCAAGUAGUAUCCUAAGUACAGUAACUUUGCCUGUAGACUUUGGUGCUUACUAAGUACAUUCAUAUUGUUAUGAUCUGGCCGGCCAGUGUGUGCCGUAUAGUGAUUUGUCCGAAUGGUCCUCUUGUUUCGUUGUUUUUGGUACUGGGAGCUGUUAUGAAUGUUUGUUGAAUUUCUUAAUGUUGAUUUAACAUUUCAAGUUCCUGUUGAACAGUCUUCAGCAACAAUCAAAUCAGACUUCAGACAAAUUGCUAUAUUAAGUUUACAUGCAGUAUUUUAGUGUUUGUGUUCCACCACACGUCUUGCAUUUAAAUGGACAAUUUGUGUUCACCACAAUUGACAAGUAUAUAUUUACAAUUCUGAUUCCAAACUAUAUCUUAGUCAUUAGUUUGAGACUAACAUCCAGAAAGAACAUGUGAUCUGAUUUACAGGGGAGAAAAUUGUGUUCUGGAAGGUGUUCAUGUGGGAGCUUCAGCUGUGUUCUUCAUGAAUUGUUAAUAUUCUUGUUUGUAUCACCUUAGCUUGUAAGGUUUCACAGUUUUAUUUUUAAUAAGUUAAAGAUUUUCAAGUGUGAUUAAAGAUACAUUUUUAGCCAAUAAUAACCUUAGGUCUUCCUUGAAUGCCAAGAUGUGCUGUCCCUGGCAGGGAGGCCACAUCACCCACCGCCAGCAACGGUGCCUUCCUUCAUGUGCCUUUUGAUGCCUCGUGUAUCAAAACUUUUAAAAGUAAAAUAAAAUAAAAUAUAUUUUCAUAAAGGAAGAUUGAAUUUUGCAGUUGUGAGGUUUGAGGAGACUCACAGUAGAACCUGUGCAAGUUGUGAACCAAUUUGCUGAGAACUAACUUCCCUUGAGAACAAGUUCUUCCAAGUAUUCAGUAGAAUGAAUGACAAGUGUGGCAUGCAUAUGUAUGGUAUACUUAGUGUAAGGAUCAGAAUGUGAAUGAAAAGUUUGACUGAAGAUAGCUGUGUUGAGAGAAGUUGUUAAGGGAAAGGUAUUUGGGUACAAUAUUAGCUAGUUUAAAAAAUUAGAUGUUUUUGUAAUGGAUGGAAGAGUCACUGUGAAGACAUUUUGUGAUUUUGUAAUAUGAGAUGCAGCAUUGUGUGUAUUGUGAUAAUUUCCACGUCCAGUGAAAGCUUCCAUACAUUGUGUAUUGCAUGGUGUGUGCUAGAGUAGGUCAGCCCGGCACCUGGCAGGUUGUGCUGGGAUUGCUAAACAAAUAUUUUAUUAAGAGUCCAGUUUGUAAGAAUUUAUAGUGUAUCUUUAAUAUUUUGAAAUAAACAUUUCAUUACUUCUCA